GAGGGGUUAGCUGUGAACACAGGAAGUACGUGAGAGUCAGCCGGAGAAGAGCAGGUUGUAAAACGCCGAUACGUCUAGUGUUUUUGUCAACAGAGACAUUUCAUAUAAUUUGGAAUUGUAUUGAAUUAGUUAUUCAAGAUGCUGAUCAAAGUUAAGACUCUCACAGGAAAAGAAAUAGAGAUCGACAUUGAGCCGACAGACAAGGUGGAGCGAAUUAAAGAAAGGGUGGAGGAGAAGGAAGGAAUCCCCCCACAGCAACAGAGACUCAUCUACAGCGGCAAACAGAUGAACGAUGAGAAGACUGCUGCAGACUACAAGAUCCAGGGCGGCUCCGUGCUCCACCUUGUGUUGGCGCUACGAGGCGGCUCGAGGCCGCGCAGGCCAGACACACGCUGCUCCUUGUUGUCAUGAGUCGCUGUUGGGGCCAGCUGAGUGCCGAGAUUUGAAAUCACACGCUCCCUGACCGUCGCAGAGAAAAAAACAACAAAAAUUAAGAAAAAAAGGACGUUCUAAUUCCUUUUGUAGAUGUUUUUUUUGUAAACCCACAGUGUCUUUCUGAGUUGAUGCAGGCCCCCAUGCCAAUUGAGACACUCUGUGGUCUAUUUGUUUGUGAAUAAAUACUGAAAUUGA